UCACCUGUGUAUGUGGUUGUGAUAGCCUUCAUACUGAUCAUCAUUGCACUAGCUGGUACCUGGCUCGAGACUGAGAAAGGAGAAAUAUCCGACUCGCUCUGGGAGUCCUGCCGGGAGACACUAUGUACAGACCCUGCCAAAACAGAAUGGCUGGAUGCAGUUCGAGCGUUCGCUAUCCUUUCCCUGCUCCUGUGUUUUGUGGCCACGUGUUUCCGUGUGGCAGGAUGGAUCCGGCUAGAUGACGGAGUGCCAGUGUUCAAACUUGUGGCCGGCAUUUUCAUGGCUUGUGCAAUGGUUAGCAUUAUCAUCGCCCUAAUCAUCUUCCCCGUGAUGACACUGAAGACUCUUCCCUAUCGCCUCAACGGCACCUGGAAGUUUCAUUGGGCCUAUGGAGUGGCGUGGGGCGGAGUCAUUUUCAUGAUUGGUUUCAUCAUCCUUCUCUUCAUACCUGAAAAUGUGGACCAGUCGCCGACAGACACCGUCUACAAGGACAAAAUAUAUUAUAUCAAUACAGGCAGUCAUUUUGAGACAAAUGCUUGAAAUUGUCCUCCUUUUGUGUAAGCUUCAGGAUCAAAUGUACAUGAACAGUUGAGUUAUACCCAGCAGCAUGUGGCUUUCAGCAAGAGAUGUCAAGGGAGAUAAUCAGUUAAACUUUGGGUCUUGGAUGAUAUCAACGAUUACCUCCCUUUUCAUCAACUACCCAGUAAUAUUAUAAGUUACUGAUAUAAGUUAUUGCGGAAAGAAUUGUCUUGACUCUUUGUUCGGGACACUUUAGCUUCAUGGUGCUCAUAAAGAGACAGCAUUUGAAAAUUUGAAUUAGUUUUCAUCUAAAGAGCAUAGUAGCCCAAACAAAGAUGAGAUAACAACUUUUUCCGACAAGCACUGUGCUAUGGUACAGAUUCUUUCUUAAGUACUCAUUUUGGCUGAAUUGAAAGGAUCUUUGGGCAUUUUAUCCUACUUCAGCAGCAACCUUGGUGCAUCUCAUAAAGCCAUUAAUGCUGUACAUGUGAGUAUCACAUUGGUAUACCCAGUCUGUUUGGAUGACCAGUGAUAGUUAAGGUUUUUGAUAACAGAAUAAAAAUCAAAUCACCAUGUCUUACAGUUUACAAAAAUUCUGCAUGGUACACAUUGAUGUACAUUGUUGGUUUGUACUCAUGUGACCGGUUUCAAUUUGAAAAUUUUUUUUUCUUUUUUGCACAAAGUACAGCAAUACUAUACCUACUGUAUGUACUGUGUUCCCACCUCCUGCGAUUGGGGUCAAGCCCAUAGGUAUUGUUAAGUAGGCCUGAGUUACUGUUAGAUUGUAGGUUGUAUGCUGUGGGCAUGACAUGGGGAAACGUAAAACAUCGUUCAUUAAGAACAUUAAGAGCAGAAAUCCACACUCUAGAUGUCUGUAACUUUGGAACGUCAAAAUUGUCAACAUCUGAAAAGUUUUUCUCCAAGCACCCUUCCCCCGCCCCCGCCCAUCACACCCCUUUCCCCCCAUUCUCCACCACAAAUCCCUGAUAUAUUUGUAUAUAUAUAUAUUACAGAGUAUUGCGUCCAAAGUUACAUGUCAAAAUUGGUUAAUUCUUCCAACAAAUAUAGUAAAAUGUUUGAGUAUACAUCAGCAAGCAAAUUUCAUUUUUACAUUGUCUUGAAAAUUGCAUUUUUUCAUAGAUAUUUUUUGUAUUA